AUGAAAUGUCCAAGUGUCUGGUUGUGGUGGAAUCAAACUGUAAUGGGCACAUUGAGCAAAGCACGUACCCGAAGAGGUCCGGAUGUUGAACUGUCAAGGGCAAGCAAAGAGAUGAGCAAGACGUCGAAGAGCAUUGCACGCCCGUGUUCAGCAAGUGUGCGAUUGAGAUACACAGCACACGAGCUACAGGUUUAUGGACAGACCAGUAAGUACAUUGAGACCGUAGCAUACCUGUAA